AUGCGCCCCUGCUCAGCCUGGUUCAAGCUGUGGUUCUUUUGCUGCCUUUUAGACAACCGUCUAGGCGUCACGGCAUUGUCUCGAAUCGAUCGUCAACAAGUUGUCUCUGGAUUCAACCCAACUCGCAAUGCCAGCUCAACAAGCACGCCGAUGCAGGUUGGAAAUGGUAACUUUGCAUUCGGAGCCGAUGUAACUGGCCUACAGACAUUCCUGCCUUAUGGGACCCUGUCCUCUUGGGGUUGGCACAAUUCUUCUCUGCCCCAUGGAGCUUCACCGGCAGAUUUCACCGGCCUCGACUGGUGGACACAUGGAAGAUUGGUCACCUAUGAGAUGCCGAAUCCUGCGCAGUCCGAGAUCUCUCAGUGGCUUAUCGCGAAUCCGCACCGUAUGAACCUCGGAAGAAUCGGGUUCGUAUUUAUGGGUGGUAGCGCAAAUAUCACCGAGGACGACCUUUUAGAGAAAUACCAAGAGCUAGAUAUCUAUCACGGUGUUUUAACGUCUACAUUCACUCUCAACGGCCACAAGACCACUGUCUGGACGUGUGUCGACCCAUCCUCGGACACAGUAUCGGUGCGCCUGCAUUCUGAACUGCUUUCUCACGGCCAACUAGCUGUCUUCUUCGACUACCCUUAUGCCACGGGCGCGAGUAAAUAUGAAGCCCCCUUCGUCGGGGACUGGGGUGCUGUUUCAAACCACACUACAGACCUACUCUUUUCCGGAGGGCCAAACGCACAGAUCAAACACACACUAGACGUAACAACGUACUACACUGAUAUACAGUGGAGCAGCAACAAGACAACAAUCACCCAAAAGAAGAACACGCACCGCUAUAUCCUCCAGCCUCCCAAAACCAACAACCCCGACUUCGAACUAACUGCCACGUUCUCCAGCAAACACAACCACACCUCACAGCCAUCUCCUAGGACCAGCACCAGCUCCAUCACUUCGCGCUGCAAGCACUGGUGGAAAACAUACUGGGAAACCGGCGCCUUCAUAGACCUAACAUCCACAGCGAACCGCACCGCGCUCGAGAUCCAGCGCCGCAUCAUCCUCUCCCAGUACCUCGUUGCAGUCAACGGCGCCGGAAACGACCCACCGCAGGAAUCCGGCCUCGUCAACAACGGCUGGUACGGCAAGCUCCAUCUAGAGAUGUACCUCUGGCAUUCGGCGCACUGGAUCUCGUGGGGUAAACAACAUCUCCGAGAUCGGAGUAUCGGCGUUUACGAACGGUUUCUGGCAUCCUCGCAAGCAAGAGCCUCCAAGCAGGGCUACGAGGGCGCCCGAUGGGGCAAAAUGAGUGAUCCGUCUGGAAGGUCUGCGCCGGGGGAGAUCAAUUCUCUACUGAUAUGGCAACAACCGCAUGUUUUCUACUUUGCGGAAUUGGAGUAUCGAUCUGUGGUGGCGAGCUUGGAUGGGCGAGAUACGAUGCGGGUUCUUACGAAAUGGGAUACGCUUCUGACUGAGUCGGCUGAUUUCAUGGUUUCUGUUGCGUUCUGGAACUCGUCGACGGGCUUCUACGACCUAGGUCCGCCUAUGUAUCCAGUCUCGGAGAAUACGCCUCCGAACAGCACCCGCAAUCCGACGUUCGAGCUGGCCUAUUGGUAUUUCGGAAUUGACGUGGCGAUCCGGUGGAAAGAGAGAUUAGGUCAGUCUAUUCCAAUGAAGUGGAAGCACGUUCUCGAGAAACUGGCACCGCUGCCCACAGUGGAAGUAACCACCCCGUCUGGAAAAAAAGAUAUCACGUAUACAUUGUACGAAGGCAUUCCAAAUAUGUGGUCAGAUCCCGAAACAGUAAUGGAUCACCCAGCACUUACGGGGAUCUACGGGCUCCUACCUCCCCUUGCGGUGGUAAACAUGACCAUUGCCGAGGCCACGGCGGCGCAAGUCGCGCGGACUUGGAACUUCACGGACUGUUGGGGGUGGGAUUUCCCGAUGCUGGCGAUGAAUGCAGCCAGAUUAGGCAAUGUCGACGCCGCGGUGAGGUACCUCGUUCAUCCGAACUUUCAGUUCGACGACGUCGGCAUGCCGGUUGGGCCGAUGCGCAAUGUGCCCACGCCGUAUUUUCCCAGUAGCGCGGGACUGUUACUGGCCGCGGGAAUGUUCGCCGGAGGUUGGGAGAAUGCAAAUGACACAAUCUUGCGGACCACCCCUGCCUUUCCGGCUGAAUGGAAUGCCAUGGCGGAGGGAUUUUUGCCGAUAUUUUAA